AUGGCUCACUCGCCGCCGGCGCCAUCGCGACCUCCGCUCCCGCAGACACAGACGUCCUUUUCGCGCAACUUCAGCCCUGCAAAUGGCAGACCCAGCCCGCUUGGCCCUCAGUCACCUCCAUUAGCCAUGAACUACUCCUCACCUUCGCCUCAAGCGUUCUCACCCCAGCAAUAUUUUCAACCGCCAGCCGCGAAGAGACCUAGACUGUCACCCGAUGUCCAGUCCCCUUCUGCUCCCCAAAGCUAUCCUCCCACCCCCACCGCGCAGCCAACCACUCCAGGUGGAAAUGCUCCCGUUAAUGGUUCAGCUGGGCCGCCCCCGGGGCAAGGACUGAUGCCUCCCCCUCAACGUCCUGACAAAGCUGAAGACCGCAACUACGAGGAUAUUCUAGUUGGAACUGGGAUAAAUAUUGAAGAGGAGGCCAGGAUGCUCGUUCAGAACGACUACUUUGGCACUUCAACUCCCCAGACGGCUACUUCUGGCAGUUUUGAGUAUCAAAACAAUUCAUUUCCCCCACCGGGAUCCAGCGGAGGCGUAAGUGCCUCGCAACAAGACCAAGCAGAGGAUACUACCCGGGAACACCAACCGUCAGAAGAAGAGACGAAAGAGAGGGAUGAAGCUCGCGCCGACUGGGAGGCGUCUAGAUACAGCCAGCAUCCACUCUGGGACAUGUUUUUGUUGGGGGGAGCCCUCAAUGAAAAGAUUCGAAACAUCAGCAUCACCGAACAUCUGGUUGAUCCACAGUCUGGAGUUCUAGUCAAUACUCAAAAACAUAUGCCUCCUCCUACGGUACGAGUCAAUGGGCUGGAAGGCGCCUCGCGCAUUAUCGACAAGGGGCAAGCGAUUCUCGACACUGGACAGAAGGGCGAGCGGCUUUCAGACAUCAUGAAGGUCAUCAGUUUGGCAACACGAGCUCGAAUGACUGGUUUGCUGAGCACCUCUUCAAGACUCUCUCAAGAACGUCGGCAGCAUUCUGCUGGAAAGGUACCGGAGGACUGGCAAGAUAUCGCAGUUCAGGCCAAGCCUGCAGCAGAUGUCCCUGAUGGAGCCACCAGCCCAGCAGGUAGCUCCAGUCUGAAGCGUAGGGUUUUGGAUUCCCCACUCCUUUCUUCUGGCGCUGACGAGAAACUAGGCACGCAUUCCCAAACAGGUAGCGAGUCAUCGGUACGCCCUGAGCAGGUUCCUGGACCUAUGCGUCUAAUAUCUACGUUCGAAAAAGUUUCACAGGCGGAGAGAGCUGCAGAGGAAGCACGACGGCAAAAGAGAGUCAAACGAAAAGCCGCCAAAAGAGAAGAAGCAGGCCCAACGGCGACCGGGCCCGAUGCGACGCCUGAGGCUGUCACUGUUGCCAACCUGGACGCAGAGAAAAAGACAACAAAGAAGGAGAGGAAACUGGCAGAGAGCAAAUUCUCCGAACAGCAACAGCACAAGUCUGCUAACGAGGCAGCACGAAUGGCCGUCGCGGGAUUAUUUGGCAGUCGCCUGGGCGGCAAGAAGUCGAGAACGUAUGACUGGAUGAAUGCUGGUAAAGCAGGAGCAAGUCCUGCGGCGACUCCAGGCAGACCAACAGCGUCAGGUGCUCCGUCGACAGCAGGGACACCGGCCCCUGAUCGAGCUCGGACCGCUCCGAGGGAGAAGCAGUUUGGUCAGUGGGACGAAGACAGGGACGUGAAGAUUCAGGCCCGAGAUGUCUUGCUCGUGCUGGAAAGUGACGCCCGUGCCUCACGUUCGUAUGUGAGAGGACUUAGCCUCCCCGAGAAAACUGAUUCUUGA